AUGAGUUCACUUUCAGGCAAUAUUAAAGACACAGAUGAUGCAGAGAAGAAGAAGGAAGGAAAAAAGAAGGAACAGAAGGUUCCAUUCUGGAAACUAUUUGCUUUUGCUGAUUUUUACGACUAUGUGUUAAUGGGGUUGGGAUCUCUUGGUGCAUGUGUUCAUGGAGCUUCAGUCCCUGUCUUCUUCAUUUUCUUUGGAAAGUUGAUAAACAUCGUUGGAUUGGCUUAUCUCUUUCCCAAGGAAGCUUCUCAUAAAGUAGCAAAGGUGGCAUGUUGGAUGCAUACUGGAGAAAGACAGGCAGCGAAGAUGAGAAUGGCAUAUCUAAAAUCAAUGUUGAGUCAAGAUAUAAGUUUAUUUGAUACUGAAGCUUCAACCGGAGAGGUCAUAGCUGCCAUUACAAGUGAUAUUAUUGUUGUGCAAGAUGCUCUUUCUGAAAAGGUUGGGAAUUUCAUCCACUAUAUAAGCCGAUUUAUUGGUGGAUUCAUAAUUGGGUUUAUUAGGGUAUGGCAAAUCAGUCUGGUGACACUGUCGAUAGUCCCUUUAAUCGCACUUGCUGGUGGCAUCUAUGCGUACAUAACAAUCGGCCUUAUUGCUAAAGUUCGUAAAUCUUACGUCAAGGCUGGCCAAAUCGCUGAGGAGGUGAUCGGAAAUGUUAGAACAGUGCAAGCAUUUGCAGGAGAAGAUAAGGCUGUGAGGUCAUAUAUAGAAGCUCUCAGAAACACGUACAAGUAUGGGAGAAAAGCAGGCCUGGCCAAGGGUCUUGGACUAGGGACCCUGCACUCUGUUCUUUUCCUAUCAUGGGCAUUGCUUGUUUGGUACACUAGCAUAGUUGUCCACAAGGAUAUUGCUAAUGGUGGCGACGCUUUCACCACUAUGCUCAAUGUUGUUAUUUCUGGCCUGUCACUGGGAAUGGCUGCACCAGAUGUUUCUUCAUUUCUCCGAGCCACGGCAGCAGCCUACCCUGUUUUUGAGAUGAUAGAGAGGAACACGAUGAGUAAAACCAGCUCAGAAUCUGGUCUAAAGCUAGAUAAAGUUGAUGGCCACAUUGAAUUCAAAGAUGUGCGUUUUAGGUACCCUUCUCGUCCUGAUGUAACGAUCUUCGAUAAAUUCUGCUUAGAUAUCCCUUCUGGGAAGAUUGUAGCUCUUGUCGGAGGAAGUGGGUCUGGAAAGAGCACGGUAAUAUCUUUGAUCGAACGAUUCUACGAGCCUUUAUUUGGAAAGAUACUGUUAGAUGGGAAUGACAUUCGGGACCUUGACCUCAAGUGGCUUAGGCAGCAAAUAGGACUAGUUAAUCAGGAGCCUGCUCUUUUUGCAACAAGUAUUAGAGAGAACAUUCUCUAUGGGAAAGAUGAUGCCACCCUUGAGGAGAUUACACGUGCUGCUAAACUUUCAGAAGCAAUGUCUUUUAUCAACAAUCUCCCGGACAGAUUUGAAACACAGGUUGGUGAGAGAGGAAUACAAUUGUCAGGUGGGCAAAAGCAAAGGAUUGCACUGUCACGUGCUAUCGUGAAAAAUCCAUCCAUUCUUUUGCUAGAUGAAGCUACAAGCGCACUGGAUGCUGAAUCUGAGAAAAGUGUGCAAGAGGCUCUUGAUCGUGCCAUGGUCGGGCGAACUACUGUAGUUGUAGCUCAUCGGCUUUCUACAAUAAGGAAUGCAGAUGUCAUUGCCGUGGUUCAGGAAGGGAAGAUAGUAGAAAUUGGGAGCCACGAGGAGCUCAUUUCAAACCCUCAAAGUACCUAUGCUUCACUCAUUCAUCUCCAGGAGACAGCUUCCCUGCAACGCCAUCCCUCACUUGGACGACCACUCAGCAUGAGGUAUUCUCGAGAAUUAUCCUACACAAGAUCAAGCUUUGGAGCAAGUUUUCGAUCUGACAAGGAUUCAGUUAGCCGGGCUGGUUUUGAUGGAUUGGAGCCCAUGAGGACGAGGAGUGUUUCGUUGAAAAGGUUGUAUUCCAUGGUUGGCCCUGAUUGGAUUUAUGGAGUAAUAGGCACCAUCGGUGCAUUUAUUGCCGGAUCCCAGAUGCCGCUUUUCGCUCUUGGAGUCACUCAAGCUCUCGUAUCCUACUACAUGGACUGGGACACAACUUGCCAUGAAGUCAAGAAGAUUGCAAUCCUGUUUUGCUGUGGUGCAGCAAUUAGUGAAAUCGUCUACAGCAUUGAACAUCUCUCUUUUGGAAUCAUGGGAGAGCGACUCACCCUUCGUGUGAGAGAAAGGAUGUUCUCCGCCAUUUUGAGGAACGAGAUAGGAUGGUUUGAUGAUUUGAACAAUACAAGUUCUAUGCUCGCAUCACGUCUUGAGAGUGAUGCAACUUUGUUAAGAACUAUAGUUGUUGAUCGAUCAACUAUUCUCUUGCACAAUGUUGGUUUGGUUGUCACCUCAUUUGUCAUCGCCUUCAUGUUGAACUGGAGGAUCACACUUGUUGUCAUAGCCACAUAUCCACUGAUCAUUAGUGGUCACAUAAGCGAGAAACUCUUCAUGAAAGGCUAUGGUGGCAACUUGAGCAAAGCAUAUCUAAAGGCUAACAUGCUGGCUGGUGAGGCUGUGAGUAACAUUCGCACCGUUGCUGCAUUUUGUGCUGAAGAAAAGAUACUUGACCUUUAUGCCCGGGAGCUUGUGGAGCCUUCCAAGAACUCAUUCACUCGUGGUCAGAUUGCCGGCAUAUUUUAUGGCAUAUGCCAGUUCUUCAUUUUCUCAUCUUAUGGCCUUGCCUUAUGGUACGGCUCUGUUCUGAUGGAGAAGGAGCUUGCUGGCUUUAAAUCUAUCAUGAAGUCAUUUAUGGUUUUGAUUGUAACUGCAUUAGCCAUGGGUGAAACUCUAGCAUUGGCGCCAGAUCUUCUGAAAGGGAACCAAAUGGCAGCUUCUGUCUUCGAUAUACUGGAUCGCAAGACACAGGUGAGGGAGAUGCAGGCGAAGAGUUGA